GGGCAGCCCGGCCUUGGCCAUGGCCAAACUGGUGCUGGCAGGGAGAGCAGAUUGCCCCUUCUUUGCUAAGGCAGAAAUUCUGGCGGACUACUUGCAGAAAAAUCUGCCUAACUUCAGGAUCCACAAAAUUAAACAGCACCCUGAUCUCUGGGAGCGGUGGCUGAAAGACUUAUGUACAAAGAAUCGGUGGAGCCACAAACUCUCACCAAUAAUUUGGAGAGAACUUUUGGACCGAGGAGGGAAGGGUCAGCUUUUGGGAGGAUUGAACGAGUUCCUAGAAUAUUCCCAGCUUUACUACGGCAUCUCCUCAGACAUGACCAGUGAGGAGAUGCAGCUGAUCGCUGAGGAGAAUCUUCAGUCUCACAUUGAAGUGGAGCUGGAGAGAGAAGAGCGCGAAAGUCUCAUUAACCCUUUACAGGUCUGGAUUUGCAGGGCAUCUGCUCUCGCAUGCUACAUUUUGAUUCCCAUCCUGGCGAGCGGAGAAGUGUUUGGGAUGGAGACGGAGAUAAGCAUCCACCUCCUAGACAGCCACCGGUACCGCAGAAUUCUCGAGGGACUCGUCAUCGCCGCUCAGGACUUGGCGGCCCCCCUUCUCCGAAACAUCUCCAAGCACACCGACUUCGAGAGGGCCUUCUUCGAAGCCGACGUGAUCGUCCUCCUCGACGACACCUUGGAAAAGGAGGUCCUGUCACUGGAACAUUGCCUCAGAGGGGAGAUGAUGAAGUGUAGGAGAUACGGGUCCCUGAUCGAGAAGAACGCCAACCGUGAAGUGAAAGUCAUCGUGGCGGGAAGGACCUUUGUGAACCUAAAGACGUUAUCGAUCGUGAAGUACGCCCCUUCCAUCAGGCAGGAGAAUGUGAUCGCUGUGGCCAUGUUACUGGAAAACAAAGCCAAAGCGCUCCUGGCCAGAAAGCUGCGAAUAGCAUCCUCAGGGAUCAAAGACGUUAUAGUUUGGGGAAAUAUCACCGGCAGCAACUAUAUUGACUUGAGGAAAGCAAAGCUCUACAGAUAUGACAGUGCUAUUUGGGGCCCUCCUAACUAUUCUCGGCCUCUCUUGGGCAUGAUCUAUGACAGUGAAUGGAUAAAUAAGGAAUUUAUAGCUGAGCUAAAUGUGCUGAAUUCCAGUCAAAAUCGCUCUCAAGCCAUUUCACCUGCUCACAGUAUAGCCACUACUUUGAAGUAUUGGUAUCAAGAUUCACCUCCAGGGGAGAUCGUGUCUUUAGGGGUAAUGAGUGACGGGCAGUUUGGUGUUCCUGAGGGGAUCGUCUUUUCUAUGCCUGUGAAAUUCCAGAAUGGGAAAUGGGUUGUCCUCACAGACUUAGAAGAUGUUGAAAUAAAUGAAGAAACAAUGAAGGUUCUCGUCAGUGACCUAAUUCAGGAGAAACUAGUAGCAUUUGGAGAAGCAUCAAAAUAUCAACCAUAUAUUCCAGUUGUACCUCCUCCAGCUUCACCCCAAACUCAAGAAUCCCAGGAAGAAAAGGUCCCUCCUGAUGAAACCGACAAUAAGGACCAGUUCUUUCCUAGCGAAUAUCAAUCGGAGAUCCUCGAAGGAGAAAGAAGUUCACUGUACUCAGAGAAUACUGAAUCUGACCCCUUGGAUCUGUUGACUGAAUGAAAGACCGAUUCUUGGAACGACUUUUGCUAGCCUGAUGAAGUUUUUAAUUAACUGGGUUUUGAAGACUGUAAGUAACAGGGUUAACCGAUGUUGGCAGUAAGGAUUUGUCGACGGCAAUGUGUUUUUUUUUUUUCCUGGCGAGUCCACCUGAUAAUGAUUCUCAAGGUUUGUUUCAGAGUAGUUCCAUGAAAUUCGUGUUUUUGGACAAAACGUGCCUAUCUUAAAACAACAAUAAAAUUCAUUUUAUGGUAUAACCGUAUAUUGAAAUAAAACAUUUGAAUUUUCAGUUU